CGGUGAGGUUUGCUCAGUCUGUCUCUGCGAACCAAAGCCACCCGUGUUCCUCACUGCGUCGUUCGUAGAGGUUAACAUGUUUCCCAGGGUGAUUUUGAGGGGAACUAUGAUUAAAAAAUCUCAACAGAAGAAGAGAACGUCACCGUGCAACUACAAAGAGAGGUUCUUUGUCUUGGACACCCAGAACCUGAAGUAUUCUGAACGGCGUCCAGGGAAAAAGCCCAUGGUGAAAGGCUGCAUCGAGCUGCACAGGAUCAAGUGUGUGGAGAUUGUGUGUACCGAGGUGCCCAUACCAUGCAACUUCAAGUACCCUUUUCAGGUUUUUCAUGACAACCACUACCUUUACAUUUUCGCCCCAGACAAUGAUUGCCGUCAGCGGUGGGUCAGAGCUCUCAAAGAGGAGACAAAACAUAACAAUUUGGUGGCGAAAUACCACCCAAACUUCUGGAUGGAUGGGAAAUGGAGAUGUUGCCAACAAACGGAGAAACUGGCGGCGGGCUGUCACGUAUACGACCCACUGGGCUGUGCCUCUAAAAAGCCGCUUCCUCAACUCCCAGAUCCAGAGAUGAGGCUGGAAGAUGGAGGACCAAGAAUGGUCAUCGCCCUGCAAGACUACAUGCCACUCAGAGACGAUGACCUGCCUCUUAAGAAAGACCAGGAGUACGUCCUGAUCAACAGCUCCCACUGUGACUGGUGGGCCGUAGAGAAUGACCAGGGAGACACAGGCUUUGUGCCCAGCACUUACGUAGCUGAAAAAUGUAGCAACAACUUUGAGAGAUUUGAGUGGUACAACAAAAACAUAACCCGGGGGGAAGCAGAGGAACUGUUGAUGAACGAGGGAAAAGAGGGUGCGUUCAUGGUGCGUGACUCGAGACAGGCGGGAGUCUACACAGUGUCAGUCUUCACCAAAGCCCCGGGAUCUAAUGGGGAGAAGAAUCCGAGAGUGAAACAUUACCAGAUCAGACAGACAGAAGCAGGAGAGGCCAUGUUUUACCUGGCAGAGAAGUACCUGUUCGGCACCAUUCCUGAGCUCAUCCAUUAUCACCAGCACAAUGCCGCGGGCCUGAUCACACGUCUGAGACGCCCCGUCUCUCAGGGCGGAGGCUGCUCCCAGGACAUUACUGAUCCCUCAAAAGAUCAGUGGGAGGUGGACCCGGACGAGCUGACCUUGGGCCAGGAGAUAGGCAGCGGCCAGUUUGGGCUGGUGCUGGAGGGAACGUGGAACCGGAGGAAGGUGGCAGUGAAGAUGAUACGAGAGGAGUGCAUGUCUGACGACGAGUUUAUAGAAGAGGCUCGAGUCAUGAUGAGGUUGUCUCAUUGUAAGCUGGUUCAGCUCUACGGUGUGUGCACCCAGCGUUCUCCCAUGUGUCUGGUGUUCGAGUUCAUGGAGAACGGCUGUCUGUCCGACUACCUGCGAGCCAGGAAGGGGCAUCUGUCUCAGGACGUGAUGUUGGGGAUGUGUCUGGAUGUCAGCGAGGGCAUGGCGUACCUCGAGAGCUCCAACUUCAUCCACAGAGAUCUGGCUGCCCGCAACUGUCUUGUCUCCGAGAACAACGAGGUGAAGGUGUCCGACUUUGGUAUGACCAGAUUUGUGCUUGAUGAUCAGUACACCAGCUCCCUAUGCUCUAAGUUCCCUGUCAAGUGGUCGGCCCCGGAGGUCAUCAAAUUCUGCAAGUUCAGCAGCAAGUCCGACGUCUGGUCUUUCGGUGUGCUCAUGUGGGAGGUGUAUAACGAGGGCCGCCUUCCUUACGAGAACCGCUCGAAUGCCGAAGUGGUGGAGUCACUGAACUCAGGCCUGAGGCUCCUAAAGCCCCGCUUGGCCCCGGAUGCUGUCUACCUGCUCAUGGAGUGGUGCUGGAAGGAGAAACCAGAAGAUCGUCCGUCCUUCGCUCUUCUCCUGCACGAGCUGGCCUCAGUCUCAGAUGUGUGAACCAAGACUUGAGGUCGAUAACUUAUGAAAAUAGCCAUAUUUAUUUUAUUUAUUGAUUUAUUGCUCAUCGGUUAUAUGUAAAGUAGUUGUUGUUAAGAUGAUUACAAAGCCUGGAUUUUGCACUUUAUCCAUUUCUUCUGUAUACAGGCUCACUCAUACAGUCCAUUCAUGCAGCUACUGCUGCUCACUGCAGGUUCAUGUUAGGGUUUGAAGUAUUCUGUACAUUAAACAGGUGAGAUGUGUGUUGUUUAAUCCACUGUUAAUUAAAUGAAUUUGUGUGAUCUGUCUUUUUCUA